UUUAUUAUUGCAAAGAGUCGUUUUAUAGCUUAUUUGGUGAUUAACGCGCAAAAGAAUACUAAAACUAAAGCAAUGGCUCAGACAGCACAACAGUUUCGGGCUAUUGACCAAAAAAUUUUGGAGGAACCGAUGCUGUCGGUACCAAAAGGGAUUCGCCCUACUGGCAUUGAUACUUUCAUUUACCCAAUCAAAUUGAAUUUAAUUGGUGCACAAAAAUUACAUAUUCAGGGUAGGCGACUUAUGAUGAUUCGACUACUCGCAGAUGAUGAAAAUAAGUACAAGGAAGAGCUAGAGAAAGCUGGUUUUGCCCCGUAUACUCGUAAAAACCAGCAUAUAUUCCCUUAUGUGAACCCAAAAUCCGAUUUGUGUAAAUAAUGGAAAACAUAAACGCUUCUUUACGUGCAA